AUGUUUAGAAUUGCAAAGAACUUGGUAAAAACAUUUGAAGAUACCCUUUCUUCAUCAUCCGAUUCAAAUGAAUUGAAUGCAUUUUUCCAAUCAAUCCCGCCAAAUUUUCUUGUAAAUCAAAUAUAUCCUCAAAACGAUUCCACCUCUUCUUUAAACCCAAAUGAAACAGUGUCAGGCCUACGAAUUGUUUGGGUAGAUGAAACACAACUUCAAUUCCAAUCAUUCUUCGAUUAUAUCGUCGGUAUAAAUGAUGAUCCUUUACCUUUGAUGCAAAAUCAACAUGGUUUCUUGUAUCCGGACUAUAAUCAAAUGUAUAACAUCUUAAACACAAUUAUUACAAAUACUCCAAAUAACACUAGUGCAAUGAUUAAAUUUAAUGUAUGGUCCGCUAAAGGUGGGACUUUCAGAGACGAAUAUGUUACUUUGUUACCAAGAGAUGAAUCUCAAUUAGAUGACAUAUCGUUGACUAACAAUGGUUCCAGCCCUGCAAAUGGCAAUUAUUCUAUACCAGCUUUUCAAAGUUUAGGUAUUAAAGUUCAAUGGACUCCCUUACUUGCAUCCACUUUCACAUAUCAUAUUCUUCAAUUAAAUAUACCACAGGGGCCUGCUCAAGUUGGUGGAUUAAUCCCAGAUGAAGACUAUAUCAUUGGUUGUCAAGAUGGGUUAUUAGCCACUGGUGGUGAAACCCUAUUGCAAGAUAUCGUUAGAUCGAGAGCUAACCAGGAAUUGAUAUUGUAUGUCUAUAAUAAAGUUUCUGAUUGUGUGAGACCAAUUACUGUUUCCAUCGGUGCAAAUGGUAGAUUAGGUUGUAACGUAGGUUAUGGACUCCUUCAUAGAAUACCUACGGUUAGAACGGGUAAACCUUCUAUGGUAUCACAAAAGCAACAACAACAUAUUCAACCAUUUUCAGAAUCAUUGUCUUCAGGAAGUUAUGGUUCUGCAGAUCUAUCUAAUGGUCUUCCAACGUCUGCGCCAGAAGGUUCAUUUGUUCCACAGGAGGCAGCUGGGGCACCAGUCACUUUACCGAUUAGUACUGGAGGAGCAUCACUACCACCACCUACAAUGAGAAAGAAGAAACCUGUGCAUCCAAAUAUGAAUGCUAUGAACAUGUCUGACUAUUUUAACGAAGGUAAAGAUGAAGCUGCAUCUGUUGGAAGUUCUGCACUAGUCUCUCCAACUCCUCCUCCGAUCAUACACAAAUCAAACAAACCAGAGACACCAGAGACACCAGAUACACCAGAUACAAACGAGGGAGAUAUAAAUGACGAGAAAGAAAACGAAGAAUCUGUUGAACAACAACAAGAGGAAGAACAAGGACAAGAACAAAAAGAAAGUUAA